AUGAAAAUAGCGGUGCAUUUCUCAUCCGGAAGAGUGCUGGAUGUGUUGGUUCUGUCAUUUGUAAUAUUUGCCACUACUCCAUCUAAAGCGUAUCAUGAAAAUCGACAAAAAAAUGAAACUUUUUUAAAGGUAAAUCAAGGAAAGAAGGCAAAUGAACUAUGGACAAGAUUGCUGGUCGACAAUGUUAAAAUACCUUCGCACCACAAAAAUGUUAGCGGUGUACAUUUUGCGACCAUGCCAUCUGUGAGAAAAGUGGAAAAUAUGGCAAGUUUACAUCGCAGUGGACGGCAAAAGCUAACAGGUAGGUUAAAAAAGUGUCAUUUUUAUGGCAUAUUUGAUCAAAACGUUCAAAUAAAAAAGGCAAAUUGGUUGCCUAACAUAAAAUAACUACUCGCAUGACGAGUGAAUCGUGUCAUAACUGUAAGCGCAGCAAUCAAAAUAUAUCGCAUUGAAAACGUAAUCGAAUUGUCCAUUACACUCCAUUAAUUGUCAUACUAGAAUGGAUACGCUUUUAGCGGUAAUUAACCGGUUAAUCAGUUUCUAAAUCACUUGUAUAUUCGCUAUGUUGUAAGACUGUUCCUUUAUAAGAAAGUAUUUCAAAGCAUCGAGUGACAUAUACAUGGGCACUCAAUCCGUUUCAUAACAAGUUUCAUUUUGUUGUAAAGCGAGAGAAAAAUUAAAUACGAAGAUUGUGUUGGUUGAUCCACCAGAUUCGCGCAGCCAACCGCUUCUCUUUACAACAGGGCAAUAGAAACUACAAUUAUUUAUACGAGCGGAGAGCAUGGCUUUAAGACCCUGUCACAUGCUUGAUUUAAAGCUGAACCUUGUUUAAGGUUGCAAAGCCCCAUUGUGAAAACAUGAAAAAGGCGCGUAUUAAUUGCACCUUGAAACAUCAUCAUUUCUCUGUUUUGAUUGGUUAAGGAAACGUAGCGCGAUGAUCCGGACUAGCUUUACAACAGGUUGUUACGCAUUAAAAGUCGAGACCUUACCUUCUUUUCAAACAUUGUGAGUUUGCAGAGUAGAAGACAAAUCUGCGAGCAAAAAACUGUCUCUCUGUUCCUCUAUCUCAGGUGACCAAAAUUGCCCUGUUUAAAUAAAUACUUUCGGUCUCUGCAUUUUUCCAGUCACAAACAGAGGUCUUUCAUGAAAUCUUCACGAUAAGCAGAUACCAAAUCAAUUUUCAACAUUUUUCCAAACAAGAAGGUAGUUAACAGCUGUGACUAGGAAAAAAUGAACAAUUUGGUUAAGAGAAAUACCAUAAAUAAUACUCAUUGCGCAAUUCUUUCUUAGACUCUCCCAAUCCUUAAGGUCUGGCAUCAAGUUUAGGUUCUUCAAUCUAUAACAGGAAAAUGUUUCUGUGACAUGUUACUUUUUAUCUGCUUAUGACUGUUUCUUGCUUUUACAGACUUUAUUUGGCGGAGGAGUGUCCCGCCUUUUAGAGGAAGAAAGUACUGGAAUGGUGUCUCAGUCACACAUCCCUUUUACGACACAAGACUUUAUAAAAAGCAGCUUACGAAUACCAAGGACCUGGAGGUCGACGAUGAGCCAUAUAUCGUUCUACCUCCGGAUAACACGAUCAACACCAAAGAGGAAGCGUUUAAACUUGAUGAGGGAGGAGCGACGACGGCCGAGCCAACAACACCUUCAACAACACCUCCAACAACCCCAACAACGCAGACAACGAUUACUACUGUUACUACACCUACCACACCACUAACAACACCCACAACACUUCCCCCCAUCACUACCAUUACUACACCCCCUACCACUCCAACAACUCCUUCGACCACGCCCACACCUCCGCCAACUACAAAACCGACGGAGAAGGUGCAGGUGAUAGCUAUACACGCUGGAACGCCACCUAUAAAAAGGGCGUUUCCGACCGCAGCCAACAUUAACCUCAAUUUAGAAAUUGGCGAUAACGGUGAUGCUAGUCAACCUGAGCAACACGAAAGCGUCCCAGUGACUCCCACGGCUCAGAGCAUUUACACUAUCAAUCAACAAGAGCAAUCUGCAGAGCAGCCUACUCCGCAGGUAAUAAUAGCACCAAUGCCGGGGGGAAUGGGUGCUUCUCAAAACCAACAGCCUCAAAUUAUAAUAGCACAGCCGGCUCAGACACCACCACAACAGCCGCAAGUUGUGUACGCUCCCCAGCCGUCUGCCCAACAACAGCCGCAGUAUGUUAUAGCACCACAGCAACCAGAACAACCUCAACCAGAAUACGUUAUGCAAGCACCACAGGCUCCCCAACCUCCACCACCACCACAACCAAUCAUCAUUGCUGCACCAACACCAACACCUCCCCCUGUGCUCUACCAGCAGCCGGUUAUUCAACCUGUUCAACAGCCUGCUCCAAUUUCCACCUCUCCGAUGUAUAUUCAACAAGCGCCCCCUCCGCGAGCAGUCAUAGCUGCACCACAAACACCGAUGUAUGGUCAGCCAAACGUAGCUGCUCCUCAAGUAAGCAUUUCUGCGUCACCGCCAGCCUCAAUUACAGUGAAUUCCCCUGGAGUUCAGUCACCCAUAGGAGGCCUAAACAAUAUGCUAAUGCCUGCGUCUUACAUGGGAAUGCCUCCAGCGAAUCCGUUUCUCAUGGGAAGUCAAAUGGGAAUGAACGGUCUUCAAAUGCCUCUCUUUCAAAACCCGCAAUUAUCUUUAACUCAAGGGUGGCCUUCGCCACUGGGUCAGCUUCCCCAACAAUUCCCUUCAUCGCCUCUUUUGUCAUCUUUACCUCAAGGAUAUGAUCCUCUACUUUACAGCGGUCUGAUCGGAAUGUUUGCAAAUGCAAUUCGUUCGUCCAUGAUCCAGCCUCAACCAAACGUCCUGGCGUCAGCCUUGGCCCUUGCUGCAAGUCAAGCUCAGGCACGCAAUCAGCCCGCUGAUCUUCUCACCGCUGCUUUGACCCAGGCCUUGGCUCAAAACUUUCAACAGGGUAUUCAACCAAUCAGCAAUGCUAAAUUGGUGCAGGCAUUGUCGCAAGCCCUGUCUCAAGGUCAGCCUGCAAUGCAACAAAAUUCGAACGUUCCAGGCUACCCUCCGCAACCGCCUCCACCAAACCAACAGCAACAACCACCACCACCUCCACCCAACCAACAACAACCACCACCACCACCACCACGACCAGGACCGACUCCUUAUCCUCAAAUAAAAAUUCCUCCUUAUCAAGUUGUUCCUAAUACGGACCAACCACAGUGGCCCUCUUAUCGAGACACUAGGUCCGAUGCUGCAAAUAAUAACUACUCAGUAAACAAGGUUGGUAAAGCACUUGCAAGUGCCCUGAUCAAAGCAGCAAGGAAGAUAGCUAGUCGAAAUCCGUCUGUUACAAAAACAAGUCACAGAGACGCACGUUACAGACACCGAAAUCGGGAAAGAGAACGCUCAUUUGUUCCUUUACAACAUUCGCGUUUAAAUUCAAAGACAAUGAACCCCGUAAAAACGCAAUUAACUGAUAUGGACAUGAAGACAAUUUUUGCCAUGUUUCGUCCAUUUUGGAAAAAUAUAGCAAAGCGCUGCAAUCUUAGAGGGUGUCUUUUGUUGCAAAGAUGUUCUAGCUAG